UCAGUCUUCAACUUCAUUCUCUGACAACUUCACUUGUUUUGGAGUUGAGACUUGUGGGAGCUUGCCAGCUAUUCGUGUAACUGCGUGGAGAUGUUCUCUCUGCAUCUUCUACGGCAUUUGCCAUGGGGAGCGUUCAGAGGAGUUGUUCGGACUAAUAUCAGCCGCUGAGUUUCAUUAUCGGAUGUCAAGGCAGAAUACAAAAUACCAUCCGUAUCACCUUCGUAUCGUAUCGUAUUUAGUUAGUAUAUAUUUAUUUCAUCUUCUAAGUGAAUGCUCUUAAAACUCUUAAUGAGAAACGCAAAUAUACCUAAAUAUACCUACAGAAUAAUAAAUACAAAUUAAAAAAGAAAUUAUUGAAUGUUAUAAAUAAAUAAUUAACUUAAACCAUAUUUAUCCUCUUCAAAUUAUUAGCGCUACUUGGUUAUUUUAUAUUUUCUGUGCCUCUUCUUCUUUACUACUUCUCUAUUACUGGAGGUUGGCCGUCAGCCUCGUGAAACGUGUAUUGUCCUAUGCCAGAUGUAACAACUCUCAUAACUUAUGACAAGAUAUUUUAUUUUUCAACCCCCCGGGGUUUGAAUUGACCCUAUAAGUUGGUGUGGAAUAUGCAAGACCUUUUUAUUCCUUUAAAAACAAUGUAAAAAGCAAAUCUUACGAUAAUGUCUCAGUUCCGUACAUAGUAAUAGUUCAAGUGGAAAACGCGCGAUUUGUACGAAGUGACCUCUCUUUUACGGACAAUGCAAGGGGAUUGUGUAACUUAAAGAAUAUUACGUACGAACGUCCGAAACGCGUUUCAUUGCGGAUGUAUACCGUAAAUAAUUUUUAAUUGAACUCGAAACAGAACAAAUCUAAUCUAACCAGUUGAACAUAAACCACUUCUUGUAUGGAAAUUGUAUUCGUUUUUACAACAAACUCCCAAGCGAAUUAUCACUGAAUAAAUUCAAUACUCUCGGUAAACGUCAAUUAAUCAAUAAAGCUUUUUUUAUAAAUUUGACGACUAUUUCAAUGAUCCUUACCGUUAGGAUUAAUUUGCUCCAUUUCAAACAAUUUGUAUGACUCAAAACUUAGCUAUUAAAAAGAGCGGCGGAGAGUUUCUUGGGAACUGGUAGUAAAUGUAAAUUUUUCAAUUUAACAUUUUUUCUGUUGACAUUCAUAAGUGUACCUAUAUGAAUAAAGUUAUUUUGAAUUGAGUAAUUACAAUUUCAGUAUUAUUCCGUGUUUUUGACUGCGCUACGGGUGACAGUUCUCUAAUCGUAAGAUUUAGAAACAGGAUUGACAACUAACUAAUGACUCCCGUCUAUCAAAAUACAAUUUAUUUUUGACAUUUAAUACUCGUUUUGUUACCCUAAUACAAUAUGUACUACGAAACGGAAUUUAAGGAAAUAAAACUAAAUAUAAAAUUAAAAUAAACCAUCAAUUUACACUACUUUUUAAGACCUUCUGGCAAUUCGAAGUGGUAGAGGCCUGAUUACCUGUAAGGUACUCCUACCUUUAACAGGCAUCGAUCUCACAAAAGCUUUUCUUUCUAUUAUAAAUAACUGUUACUUUAUUUUGUACACAAUGUUUGUAAGUUUUUGUGAGAAAAAUAAUUAUUAAUAACCUUUAAGCUUUAAACUGCUCGUACAUAAAAUACCUUAUCAACGUCUUCCAAGCGAAAAAUAAUUACUACAUUAUAUCUUGAGGGUUAUCUGGAUCGGAUAUGCGACUGUUUUGUUUUGAAUGUGAUUUUGGCUACUACUCAUAUACCUUACAAUAUAGUCAACGAGAAAAUGAAAUCCCUACUAAACUAACUGCCGCGUUUUGGAGACACUUUGACCCCGGAAUUUAUUAUUUCUGUUAUAAUCACUGAUGUACGAUUGUAAGUUGAGUCCGUACGCGUAUAACUUCCGAACGACUGCACUGCAAACUUUAAUAAAAUUCAAUUUAAUUCAUAAUAAUAAUUAACUUACUAUGUGUAAGUGAAUAACACUUCUGCUUGUGAUCUUUCAGGUAAAUUCGCAGGGCACAAUUUAACAUUAAUACGAAGAUACAGACCGAAUAAUAGAUAAAUAAUCUAACUAUGGUGUUACACACGUUUUUAAAUAAAUACUUUAUAAGUUUAUUUCCUGAAUAAUUUCCUGUUUAUACAAUUUAAUUAUAUACUAAACAUUUCCACGAGAUAUUUGUUUUACCUAUAGUUGAAUAUAGUAACCACAAUUUUUUCGCGUAUUUUAUAAAAAGCAGGAAAUAUUCAAUUGUAUGAACUGGACAAGGUUAACUAGAAAAUAAAAUCAGUAAUUAAAAUCGUAUUAUUAUUUUAUUGAAUAUAAAUAUACAUAAUAUUAUUCGAAACUUAAGGGCCAUGCGUAAGCACAAUACAAUUAAAAUAUAUAACUGUGUUAUCAUUUUAGUAUCUGUUAGGAAAAGUUCAGCCAAACGCUUGCCAAAUAGGCCAAUUAACAAAUGUUUAAUAUAAACGUUUAUUACCUUAUAACGAUAUUAAAACCUUAAGCUCAACGUGACUAGAACCUUAAUGGAACUUUUUAAUUGCUUUAUUGAAUCGUGCGUCAAAUUGAUUACGAUAUGGGUUCCCGUAUACAACACACACAGCGAAUCUCAUUGUAUCCGUGAGAUUCCAUUGAAAUUGAUAAAGGCACCGCUUGCAAUACUAGUAUUGCUUCAAACUUUGUCCUAUCAAGCCGCGUGAUGUGGAAGAUUAUUUGUUUAGUUAGCAUCGUGGUUGCGACACCUACCAACCCUGGUGUCAACUUCACACCGAUCAACGAAUUUUCAUUAAAACUACUAAACAAUGUUUAUGCUUUUCAAGAGAGUUUUGGUGAAAACAAUGUGGCCAUCUCACCUCUAUCUGUAUGGAGCAUAUUCUCUCUGCUAGCUGAAGGAUCGGCUGGGGAGACUUUUCUGGAGUUAAUGAGAGAGUUGCGGCUGCCAAACGACCUACGAUCAACUCAGGCACUGCACGCUGCUGUGGCAAAUCUAUUAAAGAAUUCAGAUAGAGAUGUCACGCUUAAAGGACAAUCAGCUAUGUUCUCCGACAAGAACUUAAAGAUACACAAGGAGUUUUGUGAUUCAGCAAAUUAUUAUAAUAAUGAAGUGUACUUUGUUGAUCCGACUAAUACAACACUACUCGCGCAGGAUAUAAAUUACUACAUAUGCGUAGCAACAGAAGGAAAAAUACGCAAUGCCGUGCAACCCAAGCACUUGGAGAAUUUACGGAUGAUAUUAGUGGACGCUUUGUACUUUAAAGCAAGCUGGACGUAUCCCUUUGACCCUACUCAGACGAAAGAGGAAGCGUUUUAUAAUUGGCAAGGAAAGACAAUUGGUUCAGUCAACAUGAUGUAUCAUAAGGCAGCUCAUAACUUCGGAGAUUCAAAUCAAAUCCGUGCUCAAAUAUUGGAAAUGACAUAUGGCAAGAAGGAACAGUUUUCAAUGUUGAUUCUUCUGCCAUUCGACGGGAUGCCGAUAAAGGCCCUGUUGGACAACCUAGCGAGCCAGCCAUUAAACUGGAUGACAGACUUCAAAUAUGGUGAAUUACCGGAGAUAGAUUGCUAUAUACCAAGAUUUAAGAUAUCCACGCAAGCAGAUUUAAUACCACCCUUACAAUACUCAGGAAUUCAACGGAUUUUUGAAGCUGACAAGGCGGAGUUGCCAGGUGUAUCUGACAGUCCCCUAUAUAUUUCUAAAACAGUGCAAAGUGUUGAAAUUGAAGUGACCGAAGAAGGUACUGUGGCCGCAGCAUCUACUGUCGUUGGUUUAGAAGACCGAAUUCUAGGACAGAGGUUUGAAGCGAACAAGGAAUUCGUUUUUGUCAUCACGGAUCGAACGACUGGUCUAAUAUUAUUUACUGGUGUGUACGCGGUGCCACAAAUUGUAUAAAUUAUUGAAGAAAUAAAACUGAGGCUGAGUGGUGGCUUAAAUAUUCGUAAAACUAUUCAGAGAGAAGCUUCACUAUUUUAUACUUAUAAAUGACUGAUUAAAUAAGUUUAAUACUA